GUGCCAGGAGCCGCUGUGGCCCCGCCUCCUGCCCCUGUCUGAGGGCGGCGGCGGCGCGGCGGCAGGAGCCGGCGGAGCGGCCGUGGUUGCCGGGGGCAUUUGGCUUCGGGCGCGCGGCUCGUCUUCGUCUUGUGUUUCUCUCCCCUUCCCGCAGCGUGCUCGGAGGCACCCGAGGAAGAGAGAGGAGAGAAGACGAGACGAGACACCGACUCUCCGGCAGCAUGAACCGGCCUCACCGCGGGGCUGCGGGCAGCCGAGGCCUGGGCACUAUGGAGGUGAAGAGUAAGUUUGGAGCAGAAUUUCGACGGUUUUCUCUGGAGAGAUCCAAACCUGGAAAGUUUGAGGAGUUCUAUGGAUUAUUGCAGCACGUCCAUAAGAUACCAAACGUUGAUGUUCUAGUGGGAUAUACGGACAUUCAUGGAGACCUGCUACCUAUCAAUAAUGAUGACAAUUAUCAUAAAGCUGUUUCCACAGCCAAUCCUCUACUCAGAAUUUUUAUUCAGAGAAAAGAAGAUGCAGACUACAGUGCCUUUGGUACGGAUACUAUGACAAGGAAGAAAAACGUCUUAUCAAAUGUGUUGCGUCCAGAUAAUCACAAGAAGAAACCUCACAUUGUCAUUAGCAUGCCACAAGACUUCAGACCAGUGUCUUCUAUUAUAGAUGUAGAUAUUCUUCCAGAAACCCAUCGUAGGGUGCGACUUUACAAAUAUGGAACUGACAAACCCCUUGGGUUCUACAUACGAGAUGGCUCUAGUGUCAGAGUAACACCUCAUGGAUUAGAGAAAGUUCCAGGGAUUUUCAUAUCUAGGCUUGUCCCUGGAGGUUUGGCUCAAAGCACGGGCUUACUGGCUGUCAAUGAUGAAGUACUGGAGGUGAAUGGAAUAGAGGUUUCAGGAAAAAGCCUCGAUCAGGUUACGGACAUGAUGAUUGCAAACAGCCGUAACCUGAUCAUUACAGUAAGACCGGCAAACCAGAGAAAUAACGUUGUGCGGAACAGUCGGACUUCUGGCAGCUCUGGUCAGUCUACAGAAUCGAGCCUUCCAAGUAGCACGCCAAAUAUUGUAACAAAUUUCAUGCAAGGAGAAGAGGAAAGCGAUGAAGAGGACAUUAUUAUUGAGGAUAGUGGUGAGCCACAGCAGAUUCCAAAAGCCGCACCUACCAGCGAAAGCCUAGAAUCUUUGACACAAAUUGAACUCCUUCAUGAGCCAACACAAAAUGGAUUCCUUCCUUCCAGUGAGAUGAACUUGACUCAUUCAGCAGGCAGCAUUAGCAUGGAAUAUGAAGUACAAGAUCCAGAUCACAAGUCAUUAGAAGAAGAUGGAACUAUAAUAACGCUAUGAAGUUGCAUUCGUAUAUUAAGUGAGGAUGCCAUAUAUGUUUUAAUUUGGCUUAAUAUGUAACAUUUUAUACCUCUCCAUCUACCAAGCACUACAGUUAGAUUAAAAGGAGGGAAAAAAGUAAAUACAAGAAGUUCAAAAUUAUUUAAGUUGACUAACUUCAUUUAAUUCUGCACUUCAGUGUGAAUACUUCACAAAGAAGGAAGAUAAUUGAUGAUAGUGACUGAAAUUGGAUGAGGAAAACUUAAAUUGCAAAUGAAGGAUAGUUAAGAGAUGGCUGUGAGCUUUCUUUUAAAGGUACUUGAUUUAUUUUUUAAAUAUGGAGAACACUACUGGAUCUAUACAAGUAAACUUCCAUCAUUGUGUGAGGCUGACUAUCUCGUACUGUGGUUUCAUGUUCAUCUGAAGUGCUGCUUAUGUAUGACAGAGCUGCUUUAGCCACUUCAUUCCUGUUCUGAACUGCUGUUUAGCUGGUAGAGCUGUUUGUGUGGCUCUGUAGGAGGAAACUGAAAAAUAAGCAGGAGGUGGGGUAGGAAGAGGUGUUUCUGGUUGGUCUACUUCUCUGACUGACACAUUGAGCAAUAGGGAUAUGUGUUAGUGGUCAGCAACUUGACAACAGUCAGGAUUUGAAUGUGGGAGCUUCUGAAGUGAAUAUGCAACCACAGGCUCAUUAGUCAAGCACCUUUACUAUUUUACUGACCAGGUAAACUUAAUUUUAGUGACUAUAAUUUUGAAAGUCAAAUAUGAAAGUCUCUUCAAGACUUAUGCAUCCAAGACCAGUUCUCAUUUUAGUUUGAAAUAUUUAAGGAUAUCAUUGUAUUUAGUUGCUAAUCCCAGUAAACUUCAAAGAAAUCAAAUAUAAACUUAAUGCUAUGGAAACAAAAUAAUACAGUCUAUAUUGAAGUCACAAUCCUAGCAAAAGAUUUAAAGGUUUCUACUAGAAAAGGUUUGCUGUAAUGAGUCUGGGCUAUGUAAAAACUGACUUUCUUCAAACCUAAACAACUUAGAACAGUUUCAGUUAAAUCCCUGGGUUAAAAAAGUUUUAAAUCAGAAUGAGGCUUUAGUAGAACUUUUGAGCCAUCUGAUACUAAACUACUAAACUACUCAUUAUAAUGAACGUAACAGUAAAUGCUGACCAUUCUUUGUACCACUGGCUGAGUGCUUUGAAUAUUACAAAGUUGCUGUAUGUAAAACAAAAUACUGAUGACAAGUCCCAAUACUGCAAGUGCAUAAGAAUGUGUGCAAUCAGCUGCAAACUUAUUAGGACAAUUGCAGGGAAAGGCUUCCAAGCAUUCCUUUUCCCCCUUUCCUGCUUUACCACUUUGGUACUCAGUUCUCAACCUGACUCUGGAAUGUAAGUUGUGGCAGGAAAAUGAGAUGGACUAAUAAGAUUGGGGAGAGGGAUGGCUGGAGCUUCUCACCAGGGAUCCAGUAGUCUAACGUCAGCCUCUAAGAAAGAAGUAGGAUGCUACCAGUUCUGUACUGUGGCAUUGUGCUUACCAGAGCCAGUAGUACGGGUUCGUGGAAGCAUGUUCUGUCCUGUGGGAUGAUAUUUUCAGGAAAGGAAAGUAACCCCUUUUCUCCCCCCUCUAUCUUGAGGAAACAUCUACCUCUGGUAACUUCACUAGCAAGAGACUAAGUUUAACCUUUAGGCAUCUGUAAAGGUCGACUUAGGAUAUCAGAGGCUAAAACUGUGUUUGUAUAAGAUUUUUGUAAUGAUGUAAACAAAAUUGGUUCAGAAAUUACAACUGUUUAAUUUUUCUCAAUGUAAAUAUUAAAUUGGGAUCUUGUGAGCAGUAAUAUUUUCAAACCUUCAAUACCAAUGGAGUUUAAGUCUCAUAGAUAUAAAAAAAUAUUCUUGCUCAUUUUGAUUUAUUCUUUGUUUUUAUUUACCAUUAAUAGAGAGAUAGCAUAACAAACAAUGGUACUCUGCAAAUACUGGUUAGAGUUCUACUCCAUCAGAUUUCUUUAUGGUUUUAUCAGUGUGCAGAUGGAGAGGCCCUGGAAUCUUUUCUACCAUAAGCAAGAAUUUGGGAGUGUUUUACAUGGUUAAUAAUUAUUAAAAAUGAAGGUACUACAUCCAGUGAGUGUGAAACGAGGGGAAAUAAUGUUCAUUCUGCAACUUAUACACUUUAAAUAUACCUAUUUUCUGUCAGUGCUGCUCUACACUUCCUUUAUUUGAGGGAGUUUGUUUACUUUAAAAUGUCUAUUUUUUCUUUUAUCAAAAGACUUUCCUUCCUGUAUGAAAUCAUCAGUGGAGGGGGACUUUCAUUUAUUAUGCUAGUUUGCACUUCUGUGCCUUUUGUUUACUUGAAUGUAUUGUGAAUAAUAAAGGAAUAAGGGCACUUGAGAGAAGAAAAAUGAGGUCCACAGAUACAGAAAAUGAACUGGUAGGCCACUUUGUACAGUUUUCAUUCAGUGGAAAGAUGUUAUGGAUCUAAUGUGAGGGACAAGUAUUUUUGCAGCAUGGAUAAUAGCUUGGAGCUAUUGGCUCACACAGGAGGGCUGAGUCUGAGAAUGCCAGUGUUGCAAGGUAACUUAUUGCUUAGGUACAAACACCCAAGGUUAGUGUGCUGCCAAACUGUGUGUUACCUAAUCUGUACUUAAAACAGAUGCAUGAAUAUUUUGAAUACACAUGCCAGUAUUAAGGACUUGUUGAAGUUUAACUAGGAUCCUAUUCUAAACUGCAUGAGAAUUCAUAUCUUGGGACCUUUUCUGCAAUCUGAUUAAUCUAAAUGUGAGAUAAUAUUCUUUUGACACAAAUGUUCUGUUUUACAGAAAUUGGUAAUGUGUAGUAAAAACUAAGCAUUUGGGACUUGAUAAAAACACUAAACGUAAAAAUUUGUUUUUAGAAGUGUGUAUUUACAGUUACAAUGACAGACUGCACAGCAUGUAAUUGCUUAAUGCUGCAGUUACCCUGAAGUUUUUGAAGUUCUUCCAUAUCUUACUAAUGCAUACACUGUUAAUUAUUAAAUAUUUUAAACUUGUUACUUCAGGAUGAUCAAUGGUUGAUUGAGUGGCUAAACUUAAUUUUAUAUAGAAAUGAUACUGGGGUUUAGUAUAACGUUUUUUAAAAUAUGCUGAUAUUGUUAGCCUUUCAUUCACUACCUCCUAAAUUUUUAACAUCUUUAUAAUUUUUCUCCCUGGAAGAAAAUACUUAAAGGCUUGACUGUUUUAUAUAGAUUUUAUCUGAAAAAGAAAGAAAAUGCAAAAGCGAUAGUGAGGAUGCUGCGCAUGAUUGACAAUAUGAUGCUGCUAUUAAUGUGAUCUGUGUGCAUUAAGUAUCCUGUGUAUGUACGUUGCAUUUUCAAUCCAGCUUUUAUAAAUUAAUUUAUAAAUAUCCAAAUUGUUUGGAAACUGAAUGGAAGACAAAAAUUCCUUUGACUAGUGUUAUACGUUGUGUACAUGCACAGUGGAGGGACAAGUCAUUCCUUACCUGCAACUGGGAGAUACAAGUGCACCUUAAUAGGAAAAAGAACAAAUUCUUAAUAGAAUUAAGAUGCAUUUACUUUGAAGUUCCACUAUGGUACUGGAUAAGUCAAGCCUAACUGUGAAUCAUGUGUUUUUUCCACAGCUGAAUUAAAUUUAGGACAAUGUUCUCACAAGCUGUCUUUAACAUGUGUAUUUUUGUGAAUAUUAUGUAUUUUCUAAUUAAAUUUUACUUGCAAUGUGAUUUUUACAUGAAUGAACUUGUUUAAAAUGUCAAAUAUCAGUAUUUUUCUUACAACUUUAAUGUAUAAUGUACAUUGAUAUCUCACUGAAUGAAGACUGAUUUUACAAAAUCAAGCUAGAUGUAGUUGUAUAUUAGUCUUA